UCCUACCUGUCAAGAGCCCCGAGAAACGUAAUACGUAGUCGUGGAUGCAUUUUGACGACGAUCGAGGGCGAUUUGUUAGCGUCUAUAUUUAUUAUUUGUACACGAAGCGACUUGUUUCUUUGAACAGAUUCACGUUGCUCCGAUAAUAAGCGAUCGCUCCAAUUAAUCGUUACUGACAAUCCACGUCGUCGGCAUCGCAUGACAUUCGUCGCCGGACUCGUCAUCAUCCAAAAAUACCGGUACGACGGCAGAACGAUCUAGAGGGAAGAUCGGCUGAUUCUAACAGUGCGAUAUCAUUGAGAUCAAUUCGACGGAACGAUGGACAAGACGAAGCUGGUGAGCAACCUGGAGCUACCGCCGCUGCGCAGCCUGGACGACUUCCUGCUGGAGUCCGCACGUUUUCAGCUACCGAAUCUCAAGGACCUAGAGAAGUGGGGCAACCGAGUGGUCAACAAUCUCCUGUACUAUCAGACUAAUUAUUUGUUUACAUCCAUCGUUAUUUUCCUUAUUGUCGGAUUGAUCCAUCCUGUUAAAAUGCUAGUUGGUAUGCUAGCAAUGAUGGCAAUCUUGGGUACGUUCGCUUAUGUAUCCAUGGAAGGAAGCACAAUACAUAACUUCAAAAGGCAAUAUCCUGUUGUUGGAAUAUUCUUUAUAAUAUUCGCUGGAUGUUUCAUAACGUAUACUCUAGGAUCUCUUUUAGUUUUCUUUCUAGGCAUUCUGUUACCUGUCUGCGUGACAUUUGUACAUGCCUCAUUGAGAUUAAGGAAUAUCAAAAACAGGAUUGCCAAUAAAAUCGAGGGCAUUGGUUUGAAACGUACGCCGAUGGGUGUAUUUCUAAAACAUCUGGAAGAUGUGACUGGUAUGACUUUACGUGCACAGACAGCACUCAUGCAACCGCCUCACUAAUAUUCCGCUUUGUGCAUCAAGUUCAAUAUCGAAUUGACAAAAAUUAAUGUCAAUAACCAUUAAUGUUUGCUGCCAUUGCUGUUUUAAUUGGACUACAGUGUUCCACACGACGUUAUCGUAGUGAAAUAAAUCUUGUAACAUCUUUAAAACAUAAAUUUAGCAAAUUCCUGUAGCUGGAAACAGACUAGUACUAUGUGAUUUUUUAGGCAAAACAUUAUGUAGUUGUUUAUAACCAAUAACGAAUUAUA